AGCAAAAAGCACUGCCUUAUUUCCUCCACUCGUUUCUCUCUCUCUCUCUCGUCUGGUAAGAGAAUUUGAUAGGGCGAAACAGACACAAGUAAACGAAUCGUCGAAGGAAUCAAAUCAAAAUCGAACACAUAUUCCCGAAACACCAUUUAUAGAUAUAAAUAUAAAACCCUCUCUCUCUCUCUCUCUCUCUCUCUCUCUCUUUCUGCGAGUUCUUGGUCUGAUUCUUGGUCAUUAUUUCGUGCCCUAGAUCUUGAAAAGCCAAUACCCAAAAGCUUAAGCUUCUAGAUCCUUGAACCGGGGGUACAGAUUUUUGCGUGGAUUGGGGAUCUCAUCGAGCUCGAUUCAGCUCAUUUCCUUUCCAGAUUCAUCUUUAUCAAUCAGUUGAGGGUUCUCUCGUAGGCUAUUAAAUACUGAUUCCUUAAAGAAAAGAGUACUGGGGUAGAUGGGGACAAAGGAUAAAACAGACAUCGCCUGGAGAUGAAGUUAUGAUGCAUUUCUUCUAGAUGAAGACAAGUCAUCCGUGGCGUGUAGGCAUGGGUGAUAUGCAGAUCUUGCCUGGGGCUCGCCACCGUCCUCCUAUGAAGAGGCCUAUGUGGAUAAUUGUCUUGAUUUCAUUGGUCACAGUGUUUUUAAUUUGUGCUUAUAUGUAUCCACCCCAGAGCAGUGCUGCAUGUUACAUAUUUUCUUCUAAAGGUUGUGAAAUUUCUUAUUGGCUUCCACCUGCUCCCGCACGAGAAUAUACUGAUGAAGAACUUGCGUCUCAUGUUGUGAUUAAAGAUAUUCUGAAUAGACCUCCUAUUCAAUCCCAAAAUUCUAAACUUGCUUUCAUGUUCUUGACUCGGGGUUCAUUGCCUUUUGAGAAGCUUUGGGAUAAAUUUUUUCAUGGUCACGAAGGGAAAUUUUCAGUUUAUGUGCAUUCAUCUAAGGAACAACCUGUACAUGUCAGCAGUUAUUUUGUUGAUCGAGACAUACGCAGUGAUCAGGUCAUAUGGGGGAAAAUUUCAAUGGUUGAUGCCGAGAGACGAUUAUUGGCAAAUGCUCUCCAAGAUAUUGAUAACCAGCAUUUUGUUUUACUUUCUGAUAGUUGUGUGCCGUUGCACAAUUUUGACUAUAUCUACGACUAUCUGAUGCAUACGAAUAUCAGCUAUGUUGACUGCUUUCAGGAUCCUGGUCCACAUGGAAAUGGCAGGUAUUCAGAACACAUGUUACCUGAAAUUGAGAAGAAAGACUUUAGAAAGGGGGCACAGUGGUUCUCAAUGAAGCGGCAGCAUGCUGUGAUAGCUAUGGCUGACAAUCUUUACUACUCUAAAUUCCGGGAUUACUGCAAGCCAGCUUUGGAGGGGCGCAAUUGCAUUGCUGAUGAACAUUACCUGCCGACCUUUUUCCAUAUGAUUGAUCCUGGUGGAGUUGCUAACUGGUCAGUUACACACGUUGAUUGGUCUGAGAGAAAGUGGCACCCAAAAUCAUACAGGGCUCAGGAUAUUACCGAAGAGCUUCUGAAGAAUAUUACGUCAAUUGAUGUAAGCGUGCAUGUAACGAGUGAUGAAAAGAGGGAAGUGCAAAAAUGGCCUUGCUUAUGGAAUGGUGUAAAACGACCUUGUUACCUUUUUGCCAGGAAAUUCUACCCAGAAGCUCUUGAUAACUUGUUGCACCAUUUCUCCAAUUAUACAGCAAAUUGAGCAAGAUAUUUUUGACUCUAAAUUCUUUGGUCGAAACAAUUGUUGCUUUCGACCCAUUCGCUCAAUCUUUGGUUCCCAUAUAGCGCUUAUGAAGUUGUAAAUUGUCACGUUAUUAGGGUUGAAUGAUCCCGAAGUACUAUUCUUGAGUGCAAGGGCAACUGGCAUAGCAAUUAGGGUGACCUGAUUUGGCAGGAUACUAACAGGUUGUUAGUGCCACUUCCUUGGGGAUGGGUGAAUUGUUUCUUUUCCCCGGCAAUUCGGGCCGUGAAUGUCUUAGUGCUGCAGCAGAAAAUUUUGGGCGAACUAUUUCUGCGCUUUUAUGGGUAAUCUUUGUAAAAGAUGUUGACAAGGUGAAUUUCUGAAAUACUACACGUCAAUAGAGCCUUGAGAUUGAUCA